CGUCGAAGGCGCCUUGCUCGGCUUGCAGGUGGACCAUCUUCCCAGCCCACCACCCCCCUUACCUCUCCACAAAGAGAGAACCCACCUGGACCACCUGUAGUAGUGCCAGCCCCAGGUCCAUCCCACAAUUUUGGCCUGAAUGUCCAUAGUAUGACCCCAGCUACCUCUCCAAUUGGCGCAUCAGGAGUAGCCCACCGAAGCCAGAGCAGCGAAGGAGUGAGUUCGCUCAGCAGUUCCCCGUCUAACAGCCUUGAAACACAAUCUCAGUCUCUCUCCCGGUCCCAGAGCAUGGAUAUUGAUAGUGUCUCCUGUGAGAAAAGUAUGUCCCAGGUGGAUGUAGAUUCAGGAAUAGAGAACAUGGAGGUCGAUGAGAGUGAUCGCAGAGAGAAAAGGAGCCUGACUGAUAAGGAGCCUCCGUCAGGAUCUGAAGUAUCCGAGGAGCAGGCCUUACAGCUGGUCUGUAAGAUCUUCAGAGUAUCCUGGAAGGACCGAGACAGAGACGUCAUCUUCCUCACUUCGCUCUCUGAGCAAUUUAAGCAGAACCCAAAAGAAGUGUUCUCAGAUUUUAAGGACUUGAUUGGCCAGAUUUUAAUGGAAGUUCUGAUGAUGUCCACCCAGUCGAGGGACGAAAACCCAUUUGCCAGCCUGACAGCCACAUCCCAGCCAAUUGCAGCAGCUGCCCGGUCACCUGACAGAAAUCUGAUUCUAAACGCUGGCUCCAACCCAGGAACAAGUCCUAUAUUCUGUAAUGUGGGCUCCUUUGGUUCCAGCUCUUUAUCCAGUGUGGGAGGCUCUGCUGGAGCAAGUGCUUGUGAUUCCUGCAGUGACCAUUUCAGCAUUGAAACUUGUAAGGAGACAGAGAUGCUGAACUACCUCAUUGAGUGUUUUGACAGAGUUGGAAUAGAGGAGAGAAAAGCACCAAAGAUGUGUAGCCAGCCAGCGGUUAGCCAAUUACUGAGCAACAUCCGAUCACAGUGCAUUUCCCAUGCUGCUUUGGUGCUACAGGGAUCUUUAACACAACCAAGGUCUUUGCAGCAGCAGUCUCUGUUGGUACCAUACAUGCUGUGUAGAAAUCUUCCAUUUGGCUUCAUCCAAGAAUUGGUGAGAACAACUCACCAGGAUGAAGAGAUGUUUAAACAGAUCUUUAUCCCUAUCUUACAAGGCCUGGCUCUUGCUUCCAAAGAGUGCUCCCUUGAUAGUGACAAUUUUAAAUAUCCCCUUAUGGCAUUAGGUGAAUUGUGUGAAAUCAAGUUUGGGAAAACGCACCCUAUAUGCAGUUUGGUCGUUUCUUUGCCCUUGUGGUUGCCUAAACCUGUAAGCCCAGGUGCAGGACGAGAGUUACAAAGACUCUCUUACCUUGGAGCUUUCUUCAGUCUCUCUGUCUUUGCUGAAGAUGAUACUAAAGUAGUUGAAAAAUAUUUCUCAGGGCCUGCCAUUACUCUUGAAAACACGCGGGUUGUUAGCCAGUCAUUGCAGCAUUACCUGGAAUCUGCAAGGCAAGAGCUGUUUAAAAUUCUACAUAGUAUUUUGCUGAAUGGUGAAACUCGAGAGGCAGCUCUCAGUUACAUGGCAGCUGUUGUUGAUGCCAACAUGAAGAAGGCACAGAUGCAGACUGAUGAUCGGAUGGUGUCUACGGACGGUUUUAUGCUCAACUUCCUCUGGGUGCUGCAGCAGCUUAGCACGAAGAUAAAGCUAGAAACGGUUGAUCCCACCUAUAUAUUCCAUCCCAGGUGUCGCAUCACCGUCCCAAUGGAUGAGACAAGAGUGAAAGCAACAAUGGAGGAUGUUACAGGCUGGAUGGCUGAGCUUUACAGGGAUCAGUCUCCAUGUUCUGAACCGAAAUUCCCAACGGAAUGCUUCUUCCUAACCCUGCAUGCCCAUCACCUCUCCAUCCUGCCAAGCUGCCGCCGCUACAUCCGUAGACUGCGGGCCAUCAGGGAGCUCAACAGGACUGUGGAAGAUCUGAAAAACAAUGAAAGUCAAUGGAAAGAGUCUCCUCUAGCUACCAGACAUCGAGAAAUGCUGAAACGCUGUAAAACACAACUUAAGAAACUGGUGCGGUGCAAGGCGUGUGCAGAUGCUGGCUUGCUAGAUGAGAACUUUCUGAGGAGGUGUCUGAAUUUUUAUGGUAUGGUGAUUCAGCUGUUGCUUCGAAUCCUCGACCCUGCCUACCCCAACAUAAUACUGCCUUUAAAUCCUGAUGUCCCGAAGAUGUUUGCAGCAAUGCCCGAGUUUUAUGUGGAAGAUGUUGCUGAAUUUUUAUUUUUUAUUGUACAAUAUUCUCCUCAGGUGCUAUAUGAGCCCUGCACUCAGGACAUUGUGAUGUUCCUUGUUGUGAUGCUGUGCAACCAGAACUACAUCCGAAACCCGUAUCUGGUAGCAAAGCUGGUGGAGGUGAUGUUCAUGACAAACCCAGCUGUUCAGCCACGGACACAGAAGUUCUUUGAAAUGAUUGAGAAUCAUCCUCUCUCCACUAAAUUGUUAGUCCCCUCGCUGAUGAAGUUUUAUACAGAUGUUGAGCACACUGGAGCCACCAGCGAGUUCUAUGACAAAUUUACAAUCCGCUACCAUAUCAGCACCAUUUUCAAAAGCCUUUGGCAGAACAUAGCUCAUCACGGCACCUUCAUGGAAGAGUUCAACUCUGGGAAGCAGUUUGUUCGCUAUAUCAACAUGCUGAUAAAUGACACCACUUUCUUGCUGGACGAGAGUCUGGAGUCCCUAAAACGGAUCCAUGAAGUUCAAGAGGAGAUGAAGAACAAAGAACAGUGGGACCUGCUGCCUAGGGACCAACAACAGGCUCGGCAGUCUCAGCUUGCUCAGGAUGAGCGUGUGUCUCGCUCAUAUCUUGCCCUGGCAACAGAAACUGUUGAUAUGUUCCAUAUCCUUACCAAGCAGGUUCAGAAGCCUUUCCUCAGACCUGAACUUGGACCACGAUUGGCUGCUAUGCUGAACUUUAACCUUCAGCAAUUGUGUGGCCCCAAGUGCCGUGACCUGAAAGUUGAAAACCCUGAAAAAUAUGGGUUUGAACCAAAGAAGCUGUUGGACCAACUGACUGAUAUUUACCUGCAGUUAGAUUGUGCUCGCUUUGCUAAAGCAAUUGCUGACGACCAGAGGUCCUACAGCAAAGAGCUAUUUGAGGAGGUUAUUUCAAAGAUGAGGAAGGCUGGAAUCAAGUCCACGAUAGCAAUAGAAAAAUUCAAACUGCUGGCAGAGAAAGUGGAGGAAAUUGUUGCCAAGAAUGCCCGUGCAGAAAUCGAUUAUAGCGAUGCUCCAGAUGAAUUCAGAGAUCCACUCAUGGACACUCUUAUGACCGACCCUGUGAGGCUGCCAUCUGGAACGAUUAUGGACAGAUCAAUCAUCCUACGACACCUGCUGAACUCCUCCACUGACCCCUUCAAUCGGCAGACACUGACAGAAAAUAUGCUAGAACCAGUGCCAGAACUGAAAGAGCAAAUCCAAGCUUGGAUGAGAGACAAGCAGAACACUGACCAUUAAAAACUCCCUUGCAGUGCACGCCAAGGCCAAUGAGAAGAGCAGGGCAUGGAUUGAUGUAGUGAUGAUGGUGCAUAUAAUCCAUUGGAAGCUGAAGACGGAAUUAACGUUCAGGGUGCCCACCACCACUGACUUGUAGUAAUGACCAGAAGCAUGUGGACGAGAAGAAAAGCAGCUUAAUUCUUGUACAUAUAUUUAAGUGAUAACAAUGGUCAAUAGUGUGGAGGACAAAUUAGGAAGUUUCUAAUGUUACAAAACUAAGUCCUUCAAUAUGUCACAAUUUGGGGGUUUUACAGCUGAAUUAUUUUAGCAAAAGUGAAUGGAUCAGGGCAGCAUCCCUUCAACU